AUGCAGGUUUUACGGCAUGAGGCCUCAUUCAACACAGCCGAUGCCAAACCUGUCAACAUGAUCGCAGCAGUGGAAUCAAUCCUCAGCCAGACGGGAGCGACAGACGAAACGAAGAACCUCAUUCGACACCAAGUGUCAUCGCUCCUCAUGGCUCAUAGGCCACGCGACGUGCUUUCCAAGGUCGAGCGCGAUGCACUUAAGGAACUCAGGGCAGACAACGACCUCGUUAUCGUGCCUGCGGACAAGGGGCGUUCAACGGUCGUAUUGGACAGGACAGACUACAAUCAAAAAGCCAAAAGCUUGUUGGAGGAUCGUCAGUCCUAUGUCCCAUGCGAAUCCAACCCCAUGAAAACGCUGACACGCGAGAUUAACGCGACGCUGUUGGGCAUGGAGAACUCAGGUGCAAUAUCGCCAAUCGACCGACGCAUGGCGAGAGCACAAGAAACGGCCCUAGCCCGAUUCUACGGUCUCCCAAAAGUGCACAAAGAGGGCGCUCCUCUCCGGCCUAUCGUAUCACUAAAGGGCACUCCAACCUACGGACUGGCAAAGUGGCUGUUCCAACGUCUCAAGUUUCUGACCUCCGAUUCGAACACCACAGUCAGCUCGUCAACGCAAUUCUUGGAGAAACUUAAAGGAGUAAGUCUCCUGCCAAGCGAUAUCAUGGUUUCCUUUGAUGUCACGUCCCUUUUUACGUCUAUCCCGCAGGACCUGGCAGUCGAGACAAUCGAACUACUCCUACGAGAGAAGUACGACGAAACGGAGAAUCGCCUCGGACACGCCCAAAUCAUCCAGCUCCUGAAGUUCUGUCUCAAGACGUACUUUACAUUCGGCGGAACAAUCUACGAGCAGGUGAAGGGAACGCCAAUGGGUUCGCCGAUUUCGGGACUCAUAGCCGAGGCGGUCCUUCAACGGCUGGAGUCGCUGGUUUUCCGACACCACAGACCGAAAUUCUGGGCUCGGUAUGUGGAUGACACCUUCGUCGUCAUCGAACGGGAUCAGGUGCUGACUUUCAAAGAACAACUCAACGCCGUCUUCCCGGACAUUCAAUUUACGAUGGAGGAGGAGGAAAACAAUCAGCUGGCCUUCCUGGAUGUCCUCGUCUGCCGCAAACAUUGUGGUGGCCUAAAAACCAAAGUGUUCAGGAAAGCGACAAAUACGACGCAAAUACUGAACUUCAAUAGCAACCACCCGAUCAGUCACAAACGCAGUUGCGUAAGGGCGCUAUGCCGGCGUGUUGAGACGCACUGCAGUGAAAUGGAAGACAAGGUUGCUGAAUUACAAUAUCUUCGACGGGUAAUGAGAGCCAAUGGCUACCCGCGCAACUUUGUCAACCAGUGCAUACGAAAAGGACACCAGAGACCAAAUCCAACUAGCCCCAAAUUUUGGCGGGCUCUUCCGUACGUGAAGAACGUCUCGGAAGCCGUCAGUCGUCUUCUCACUCCACUUGGAGUUGGGGUUGCACACAGGCCGGAAGCAACCAUUAGGCGCCAAGUAAUGAGGCCAAAAGACCCGCUGCCAAGGCAGGAAACGUCUGGAGUCGUUUACCGGAUCUGGUGUAGUUGCGGACAAAGCAAUUAUGUCGGAGAAACUGGGAGAUUACUCCGUACGCGACUUGCCGAGCACGCAGCAGCAGUGAGGCGGGGAGACGCUAACUCUCAAGUGGCGGCACACUCGACGGGACCCGGCCAUAUUUUCAAAUUUCAAGAGGCCGAAAUCCUCGUAAGGGAUGACAACCGCGUGAGCCGCGAGCUGCUCGAGUCAUGGUUCUCAGGCCCGCAACCGAUCAACAAGCGCAACGACCUCGCGCUACCGUAUUCCGUGCUGAGAUUUCCCCUGGGCAGGGGAAUGAGUCACUUGGGGAGGGCGUGGGCGAGCAAUUAUCCCAGUGACAGUGAGCCAAUUUGUCGAGCAAUCGUCACACCAGCAUCCAGCACGGAUGACGAAAUGACGGCAAUUAACAACUCGGACGCGGACUGACAAGCCACCAUCGCAUCAAUUACUACCCAAGCGGCGAUUGUGAGAACUGUUAAUUGCAGUGCGCAUACGGUCCCACGGCAGCCACGUGCUAUAAAUACUGCACUCCUUGUGCCACCAUUGCCCUUAUCUGCGACUGUCUCUGAUGAUGAGCCUGAGCGAGAAUCCGAAACGUCAGGCCAAUAAAUUUCCUGUUCCAGCGAUCGCAUCAUCGUUUUCUGAACGCAUAUGCCCGCCAAAUGCACCUCUGAAUAAUAACCGCAUCGCGAAACGUCCUGGAGCGGUUAGUGCAAAAACGCUGACCCAAGCAGCAAAAUGUAGACAGUAAUGUGGAGCUCAAGCUCUGUAUAAACAACCAACUAUACAGUAAAAUGUGAAAGUUGUGCUACGGAAAAUAAAAAAAGUUUUGACACCCGACAGCGAUCUUUCUUGUCGCAUAUGAUACUCAUGAUAAUAAAAUCCCCAAACGCCCCAAACUUAGUGGUUUUAGAUAAGCAGACGAACUCUGGACGAGGAAGGCAAAAAAAAUUUCUAAAUUAAAAGCGUAGGGAUAAUUCAGGGAGCCGAAACGUCGGCAACAAUUUUUAGAAGGAUAGUAAACCGCUUCGCAAAGUAAUAUCAAGUAUCAGACUAAGUUUCCCCUGGGGGUAGGAGGAAAUUAUAAACUCAGAUUUGCAAGUGAUCACGCGGAUGUCCUUUUCGGCGGACCUAUGGUGAGACCGGCAAUACGGGUAAGGUCACGAUAUCCCAGUGGUCAGAACGGAAUCAUGACGAAGAGGGAAGGCGGCCUAGAGCGUGUGGGUUAAUGGACUCCCGACUGCUCGACUGAGAGAUGGGUUGGGAAGGACAUCGCGUUCGCAGGUCACAAUGCAUAGGCAGAAGAGAUCGAAAUUUCUGGCGAGAGUUCAUGGCGUGCGAAACCACAUCCUGGGAGGAAAAUGCGGGCGAAGUCAUAGGAGAAACUGCGCGGGGUGGGUGGGAAUAGGAAAAUAGUCUUGCCAGUUUAGUGGGUUUACCAUUUGGAUGAGGCUUUCGCCCUUGAACUCACUAUCCGUAUCCAAAAAUAGCAACUAAAUCAAUUAUUACAUCGGUACUUCUGGAAAUUCUAAAGUUAUCGGCAUUUGUUAGCCAGACGCGAACUGCCGCCAAUGUCACAACCGUGUUUAUAUGUACAGUAUUUUCUCAAAAAGUAGACAUCUAGUCUUCAUUUAAAUGAUUCAAAAGUUUAGAGACGAUCAACCGCGUAAGUAUGUCCGUUCCAUGCUCCAAUGACCCUCUACAAGAAGGCGUUCGUCGGACGUCUGUUUGGAGGAGCUUUCCCUGCAGUUUAAGGGGAUAGCAGUGCUGUCCCAACCAAUUCGAAGAAGUCAUCAUAGUCUACAGCAGAUUCACGACUCCUGACGGUAUGGUAGGUUUGAAUGAGCUCGCCACGCAGUUGCCUGUAAUUGAGGGGAAGAAAAUCAAGCUCAGCCAGUCUAAUUUCGUAAAGCAGGUGACGAAGAAUCCUGACCAUUUUCGCAACCACCGUCUGUACUCUUUCCAGCUGUUGAUAAUGCUUCCUGAGCCACGGUCGCCAGGCCUGGACGGAGUACUCAAAGUGAGGCCGAACUAAUGCCCCCUAGGCUUUUCCGAACAACUCCUUAUCGAUAUGCACAAAAGCCUCGCCUCAGCGCAAAUAAGACCCGUAUCGCGCAUUUGGCUGCCUUUUGACAUCGUGAAGAUGGUCUAGGGGUCGAGGUCAUUAGGACGUCAAGGUCUUUCUGUUCCUGAACUUUUUAAGGGGGGUGCCCAGUAAUGAGGUACUGAAAGGAAUCAUCCUCCUUACUGGUCCUUCAGGUGCGGAGUAUCAGGGCACACACCUUUCCACACUAAAAUUGGGAGUCAACGAGGAGACCAGCUGCCAAGUUGGUUGGAACAUUCUUGAAACGCGUGCCUAUCUGCACACGAUCCAUUGGCUCUCCACAACUUAACAUCGUCAGUAAACAUGAUGACGAUGCUCUAUCCACGGUUUGUGAUCUCCCAUAAGAAAAUAUGCAGCCCAUGUCAUCAACUUUUCCCCCUCUUCCAAAUUCAGACAAUUUAUAGACUAGAUGUUUGUGUGGGAUGCUGUUGAACGUCUUCUUGGAAUUUGCGUAGAUGAUAUCGACCCUUCCAUCAUCCUCCAGUGAGCGAGUCCACUGCUCGGUCGAGGACAGUAAACUGGAAAGGCAUGUGCAGUUCUGUCUGAAGCAGUGCUGGAGCCCUGAUAGUAAAUGAUUCGCCUCCAGGAAAUUCAUUGUUGCUUUCCUAAGUGUGACUUCCAUUAUUUUUCGGCAAAUGCACGCGAUACUGACGGGCCGGAAAUUGUUAUUACGAGUGCAAGUCCCACCGUUGUAUAUUAAAUAGGUAUUUGCUGUCUUCCAUUCGCAUGGCAGUCUCCCUACUUCGGAUGACGAAUGUAAGAUGUAUGCCAGGUGCUUAGAGAGUUCGUUCGCCAAUUCUUUCAGAAAUUUGUCCGGUACAUUGUCCGGCCCCCACGACUUUGUUCUUUGAGAUUCUGUAGCUCUCUUGCCACGAAAAGCGCUGGGAAUAAUAUGGAUUCAAGUACGGGACCAGUGGUCACAACCCCAUUGCUGAAAUUGUGGCCCUGAAACUCCGACACCCCAGCGAAUCCUGACGCAAUGAACCGUUCCAAACGUCCGACGCUCUCGCCGUCUUCAACGAUUUACACACCAUUAUUAUCACUCAGCACUGCGAUUGGAUCCCUUGUUUUAGUCGACUGUUUAUAUUGUGAGCUAAAGUGUUCAGCUUUUUUUCAGCAUGCUGGAUAAUUCUGGAUUCAUAGUCCUCCCUUCCCUGACGCAUGCAUUUUGACUGUAGGACGAAACUCUUCGGGGUGUGCUGGUGACCCAGCUUCCCUGAAUAUCUGUCUUCUUUUACUUUUCUAUCUUUACUGUCUCUUCAGUUCUCUAAUUAACUAGGCAGGGCAACGUGUCUUUUUUGCAUCUCCUCUUGAUAACAGCGCCGAAGUACAUCGAUUGAAAUCGUCUUAAACGAUCUCCAGUCGCCCUCCGGAUCUCACUUUGGCAAACAGUCUGAAUUUACGGACAUCGAUUGGUCCUUCGUCAUGUUAAGAUCUACCUUCCAUAUACCAGGUUAGUCUUACGUUCUCUCCUGGUGUUGAGAGAAGCGCAACUUGUCCCACAGCAACGUAAUAUGGUCACUCUUGACGAGAGGUGCUCUGGAAUACACUUCGUUAAUGUUAAGUAAGUCUUUCAUAAAAACUGGGCCCAAACGAUUGGCUCUCUGGUUUUCCCUAAAUCUCAUUGGUUUUUUUACAUUCUGGGCAACAGGGAAGUCGAGUGUGAGGUCCACUAGCUGCAGAGUGAUUAAUACUACAACCCUACUUAAGUAAUCUUUUCAAGUUGAAAACGCAUUUCACGAGUUAACACAUCUACUGUAUUACUGACACCCGGUUGACGCCACAACCGGCAGCAAAACGAGCUCGUGGCUGAGUAGUUAAACGCUACCCUAAUUAGCUACUAAAUGCUCAAAAAAGUCGGCCCGAAUCCCAAGUCUUCCAAGCCUUGGGUUAAAUAGGGCCUCUUAACGACGUCUAACAAAUCAAAAUGAUCAUCCGGACCUGCCUUGUUUUUGUCGAGGUUCCUUCUCCACGCAUGUUACUGGUGGCCAAGCGACUUCUCACAAGGACUAUGGAAUGGACCCCAAAGCACGAUAGGAGGCGAUACAAAGAAAAGUGUACGGUAGAAACCACAAGGAAAGAGUGGGUUUACGUAAAUCGUAAUGUUCUCACGAACUAACCAGUUAUAUCUCACGAGCCCCUAGCCUUAAAGGCAGCAAGUAAAACUGAGCAGGGAAUAAUAUAGAGAUUCUGAAUGUAAAGUAACCUGACAACAGAGCGCGACAGCAACGCAGGCCAGCAAGACGGGUUGUAAAGAUUAGGCGUUUCUCGUCACAUUCAAACAAACAAUCCGAGCAAAGAAAAUGGGGCUAAAUUGUCAAAGGUAAAUUAGUCCGGCACCUCACCACAGGGAUACACCCUGGUUCGUCGAAUGUCUCGCAGUUGCGUCAUGCAUCCUGAGCUUACGUAGGGUGUAGGUCGUUCCGCCUAUCAGGAUUUUAUCUGUUCAUGGUGACGGUGUCAGUGAAUACAGCAAUCGCGAAUGACCGCACACCCCGCUUGUCCGCGCCUACUCAACCUGAGGCAACAAAUUUGACAGUCACCAAUGAAAACAGCAUCGUUCAGCCUUAGAAUCCAUUCUGAGGUGUGGUGACAAAGCCUCUAAAGUAGAUGAGUAAACGUCAAAGCGAGUAGGGUCACGUGGCAGGCCGGUUUAACCGUAGAGGUACACGAUUGGGCCUCCGAGUCCAAAUUAGGAUUACGACAGACAAGGUUUGUCACCAGGCCACAUACAGCGAGUGGGUCGCGCGCGCUCCCUUAACCCCUCUUUGCAUGUUCCUGUCAGCGGAGGCAUGACGCAACCACAGCCAACACCGGGCAAUGCUCGGAGCGCCGACUUCUGAACCCGGAUACUGCGCAAAACGUCGCAGCAGAUUCAUUAUAACUCUACCCAGCUUCGUAGACUGUGCCUGGCGAUCGGGGGGUGCAGAGAGGAGUGUUUGUCGUGACCAAGCAGCUUUCAGUGAUUUUGUUUGCCGCCUGGUGCAGAGUUUACUCUGGCCAAUCGCCGAGCUGUGACCCACGGCCCUCUCAUGUUAUGAAACUCAGCCUCGUUCUUUUGGCUGGUAGCCAUUCACGUUUCCCCAUGAUCUGAAAAGUACUCCUCAACAACAUGCCGUUUCGACCGAGUCCAGGGUAGAAAACAAGUCACGGGGCGUGUGGGCGCGCGCGCGUCCAUCUACUUAUUUUCCUCACCAUUUUACAAAAAGGCGGAAAUACAGAACCACAGAGAGUGUGAUGGGAUGGAGAGGGCGACGUGAGAAGACAACGACAGAAAAAAUCAAAAGUUCGAUUAUAUACAUAUAUAAAUAAACACAUGUGCAUGCGUUGAUGUACGCAGCGCUGGGUGGCGGAGGAAGGAAGUAGAUGCGCCGGGGGGAGUGGGAGAAGGGACAGAAAGACUCAUCGAUGCGGCGGUGGUGGUGGCGGGAAGUAAUAGGGUCGCAGGAAGAUGCCCUGUACAGGCCUGAUGAUGAUGAUGAUGAUGAUGAUGAUGUUUGGAGGUCUAGUUGUAACUGCGACGACUGCGAAGUAGACGAGGGCACGCGGGGUCAACCAACGGUUGACCACGGCGAGGUUAGAGGCAGGUGGAAUUUCGUGCAUCGAACAUGGUUAUAAUGCGAGGUAGCAGCUGUGACUUAAUAAAUUAAGGUCAUAAGUAUCGGUCGCCUUGCCGUUCUGAUUUUGGAAAACUCGAAGAUUAUGAGGCGUCAGGAUAAAUAUAGUUCGUUCCAUGUGCACGGGUCCUCUUUUUCUUACUAUUUCUAGGGGACGAUGGAUGCGAUGGUGUAUCUUAACUACGGAUCCCAGGUCAUCCAGAACUGAGCUGUUCGUGACUGACUGACGACGGCUAACAAGCCCGAAAUAGGCACUUCAGUCUCUGGUAGAGGAGCGCUCACCGAUCGUGUUACGGAACUCAUUUGUCUCACUGUGCCUUACGGGUUUUCUCUCGAGCCCAAUCAGCAGUCACACAGCGGCGCAUGAUAUAGGCAGAAUGGUAUUAUCGACAAGGAGAAGGAAGACUGAAAUGGCCAUUCCUGGCUUAUUUGCCGUCGUCAGCCAGUCAUACCCAACCCCGAAGUGUGGAACAACCGAGGCUCGUUCCCGCGACCUCUUGGUUAAAAGUCCAAUGUCCGUAACCACUGGGCCACGGGCUCGUUGUUCAGCCGGUUGCCAUCGGGAAUAUACUAUGAUGGGGGACGCUCACCGAUCGUUCUUACGAAACUCACUCGUUCCGUUGUGACUUACGGGUUCUCUCUCGAGCCUAACCAGAAGCCUCACAUCGGCGCAUCAUAUAGGCAGAAUGGCAUUAUCGACAAAGAAAAGGGAGACUGAAAUGGCCAGUUCUGGCAGAUUAGUCGUCGUCAGCCAGUCAUACCAAACCCCGAAGUGUGGAACACCUGAGGCUCACUCCCGCGACCUGUUAGUUAGAAGUCCACGCCUCUAAACCACUGGGCCACGGACCCGUUUUCCUGUCAGUAAUACCAUUCUGCCUAUAUCAAGCGACGCUCUGCGGCUGUUGGUUGGGCUAGAGAGAGAGAGCCCGUGAGACACAACGGAACGAGUGAGUUCCGUAAGAACGAUCGGUGAGCGUCCCCCUACCAUUGUAUAUUCCCGAUCGAAACCGACAGGGCAACGGACUCGUGGCGCAAUGGUUAUAGGCGUGGACAUCUAACCAACAAGUCGCGAGUUCAAGCCCUAGAUGUUGCACACUUUGGGGUUAGUAUGGGUGACUGAUAACGACUAAUAAGUCAGAAACGGCCAUUCCAGUCUCCUUUAUCUUCGUCGGUAAUGUUCUACUUCAGUCUCGCUUGACUUUGGCUGUACACCUCCUUAUAUACAUGGACUUCUAGGUUAUCAUUAUCCCACCAUCCUUGCAGCCCGCUUCUUCGCUAGUCUGAACAUUGGUGCGCACACUGACCUCGGCGCUGUUCGCACCCUUAUCAACAAAAGCGACCUCCAACCGGACUUUUCUCCUUCACAAGACGGUCGCGUACAGAUAAAUCGAUGUCUUCCAAGUCAGUGGAUCUUCCUAGACAGUGAGUCCGUUUUUAUCCUCAGAAUUACAUCCAAGCUUCUUUCAGAAAUAGUUCUAUUUAGAACUGGUUUUCUGAGAACUCGACCUAACACAAGGAACGAUAUUUUGGGACAAAAAUGACCUCUUAUCCACUUCGUGGGCCUCUCUUCGACUACUUCCAAGUUCUUGUGGUAGGGAUUUUAAUUGUUGUGACCCAGUCAGAGGCAAUAAGCAUGCAUGUGACAACAACAGCGCAGGUCCAAUUCGACAUUAUGGUGAUGCGUUUUGGAAUUUGAUACUAACCAGUUGAACAGGUGAGCACCGGUCCAGGUUUGCCAGUUAUCUCAUACAUUCCAGCAAAAGAAAGAAUUGUCAAUUGCGUAUAUGUUCUAAUUCCAAUGAUUUGAGCAAGAAAAUGCGGCAGCUAAGGAUACGUAUGAAUGUUACGGUAACUUUAAGUAAAUAUUCCUCCAGCUGUGGGCAGCAACAGAUGAAAUCACAUACUGAACCAAUCAAACACUGGAAUGCUUCUGUGGAAAUAGUCUUUAUACUCUGCAUGUGGGUAACUCAUACUUCACAUGGUAGGUGAGGAGCAGUUGCUGUCUCAAAUGCGACCAGAAACAAAUAAAACAGCGCGAAAAAGUAGUUUCUUCGCCGAUGGGCAAUCGAUUACUAGGUUUCGCGCCCUAGCCUGUCUUGAAAGCACCGGUUCCUACAAUCAUGGGGCAACCGUGUCGGACUUUGAUCUACAUUCAACCCGACCCGACAAAGAAGAAACACCCGGAUCCUCGGUCGUCCGGUUUGGCCACACAACAGCGAAUGAAAUUCCAGUGCCCGUCUUUUCUUUUACGAAGCUGGAAUCAUCUGCUUGGAGGCGCUCUGUAAAAAUCAUUUUGCCAUACCAGACAAACAUACCACCAAAAGUAUCCGUCAAUUUUCAUAAGCACCAAUUGGCCGACCAAAGAUGAGGUUUCGAUUAUCCUCUCGCGUAGACUUUUAAAUUGAUUUUGUCGUUCGAAUCUUUGAUUUCUUGUUCACGAGGUAGUCCAUGCUCGUUUCUCCCUGAAAGGUGCGUCGCCAAUCAAAUGCAUCCUACCCCGUUUACUUUAGCUACAUAUUUUUGUCUUGAGGCAGUUCAGCCUGAGUUGCAUGUACCAUGACAUGAAAAAUUCCGUCGGUAAGAUGUGGUUGUGUAGCCCCACCUGAUGGAUGCAAUACUGUUGGGUCAUGGCUUAGGUCUGCGGUUAAGUGUUAUGGUUAGAAGGUUAGGGUUGGGGUUGGGGGUCAGGACAUAUCCUUAGGAUUUAGGGGUUAGGGGAUAGAGCUAGGUGUUAGGGUUAGGGGUUAGAAUUAGGGUUUAGAGCAACUAUUUCUUAACCAUUCAAAGUACAACCGCACAUCCCCUUCCAGCUGGGGCUAAAUAACCACAACUGACCACUCCGUUGAAUGCUUCCGGAAGUUUGCCUUCUCAGUACUUCUUCUAGAAUAAUUUUGGUGUAUUUUUUUUAUUCGUCCUGCUGCUUCAGUCUGUUGACUGUUAUUGCUCUGCAGCUCUCAGCUCUGCAUCUAAAACUUGUUCUGUCGAAUAAUGCAUUAUCCUGGAGACGGAAGUAAUGAUCAUGCGCUGUAAGAGACCUCUUCGACCAAUGAAGAGAUACUUGCUCAUAAUUAUGCGCAUAGUUCUGAGAGGGUCGAGACGCCCCAUUCUAUGAAGAUGCGACCUAUUACUUCGGUGUUUUAAAUUUAAGUUGACAGCGAGCGUGACCCUGUCCUGGUGAUUUUGUCCCGAGUUGCCUCUUUUCCACCUACAUCGUUGCUCCCCAUGCACCGGGCGUAUUCCAUCAUCCUGCACCCGAUGCCCAAACUCUCACCUCUGCUUAAGUGAGUACGGCGGGGUCACCAUUUGAGCACAUGUACAGUUGAAGAGUUCAUAGUGGGUGAAUGCAAGAUUUCGACUUUCCAUCAUCAGAUCUGUGCAGUUAUACGGGUCACGGCCGGUCAGCGAACGUUGCAGGACGACCAGUGAAAUUUGAUGUGACAGGGGGUUGGGGCUGUCUAUACAUGUCAAGAACGGUUAAAUGAACUCUCCUUAAGCCCUGCUCCGGUGGAUACUUGCAACGGAAGGGGCGGUGACUGCACGAUUAGCCAACCCGGUCUUCCGUCCGCAGAAGGCACCGCCCUGGCCCAGACUGAAUCCCACGCAAACCUGCCUGCUUCCUUCCACGUAGCGUUAGAGCGAUACAGCGCAAACCUCGAACUGACGCCCUCUCUCAUUCCUAUUAGUUCGCAAUCACAUCAUAAGUACUCCUUUCUGCUGUUUGGCAUGCGCGAACGCAUCUCAAUCCUCUCCCCUAACUCAUGUCAUUGGUUGUUCUCUACAUAUUAUUGCAUUAUUGUUUUACAAGUCUGUCGACGGAUAAUCGAGAACGGGCUUUUGUCGACUUGACUGUUUUAAUGCUCUCACUGACGUAGCAAGACCUAAAUUGUUACUCCGUUUCAAUACUCAUUCCUGCCCUUCCGCGCCUUCUUAUUCCUCCCCAGUGACGGCGAUCAAUGGAAAGGUCUUUGGCAUCGAUCAGAGCACAGAAGCAUCGCAUUUCCUGAUUGGCAUCCUGUCUGAUCAUGACGAACUCUUCCUAAUUGACAUCUCACAAAGUCCACCCGGUGAGGAGUCGGUCGUUCAGACGGUCGCAGGUAAGACCUGUCGUCAUCCAGUCGUCACCCAGCGCAACAGUUCCCCUCAUCGGACUCUGCAUGUGUGUUUAGGCGCACCUGAUAGACCCCCCCCCUCACCUGCGAGUGUUCCGCCUUCUUCAACGAAUGAAGACCUUCUGCAUUCAGUGGAGGAUUGUGUAAGUACUUCUGUGGGUCACUCUCUUUUUCGGGAUUGGCAAGGAGCAAAAAAGGUAGUAUGCUGAAUUUGUGGUUCAGAAUCAGAUUAAACUUCAAAUUACUAGUGAAAACACAUUUAGGCAGGGCUCUGAGCGCCGAAACCUAGUUACUGGCUACCUGGCGCGUACACAGGGCAUAUAGUUGAACGGCUUUCAACGGAGGUUAGCUGCAGAAUAGCAGGCUCUCGGAUCGGACGAAUAGUCAGUACUAGCAGAAAGCGGGAGGCUGAAACUCCGGUGCACCGACUGUCUUCCAGAAUACCGCAUAUCGGUAGUGUAACAUAGUGACCGUGAACUGCCACUAAAUGUGUGUGCUUACCGCCACUGCCUUUGUGGUCACGUUGCCGGACCAAAGUGUUAGAAGUAACAACCUCGUACGAGGGAUCCGAGUAGGCACCGUUAGCGACCCGACUGUACAUAAAUCUUUCCUGAAACUUCGUCCCAACCUUCUGGGCGAGAAAAGAAAUGUGAGUAAUUCCACAUUGUCAUGACGUCCUGACAAACCAUCAUGUCAAAACAUUUGGCUUGACACUCAGGGACUUCUGAGCUCCGGUUUGAGUUCUUCUCAAUGGGUGGGAUACGGCUGACGGACAGUCGCGAUUAA